AUGGCGCCUAAAAACGAGGAGCCCAAACUACGCACCUCGCUCGAUUUCGCCGGGUUAAUGGCGCUACGACAACUCGACAGUCCCGAACAGACCGCCUCCCACCCUGAAAAGACCGAGCGAUUCCAAUCGCUAUCAGUGCCCUUUCCCCCUGGCGAGCGCGAUUCAGCAUUCGGCGGCCACGUUUUCGCACAGUCCGCCUUUGCCGCCUCCAAGACCGUCGACAAGGGCUUUCUAAUCCACGAUAUAACGGGGACCUUCAUCCUCCCCGGCCGUCUGGACGUCCCGUACAUCUACACCGUGCGCCACCUCCGCGACGGCAAAAUGUACUGCACGCGGGCGAUCGACGCGCGACAAGACGGCGCCAUCUGCUUCUCGAGUCUCUGCUCCUUCAAGCGAGACGAGAGAGGCGCAACGGUCAGCCACCAGCCAUCGCCAGCGCAGGAGCGAUACGCGCGCAUCCUCGCUGCAAAGCGACCAGAAGAGCAACCCGUCAGCGCGGGCGUCGACGUGGACUGGUGGAUCGAGCUGGUGAAGAACGGCGACGUCGUGGAGACGGAGUUCCCGGGGCUAGACGUCCGCAAGGCCGAUAUGCAGGGGUACAAUGAGUCCGCGGAGGUGAAGCAGCGGCCGGAGAAGUAUCGCCAGCUGAACCUGUACGCGCUGAAGGGUCUACCCGAGGAAUCUGGGGCGGGGGUCUGCAGGGCGGAAAUGCGGAGACGAGAGCAGUCGGCGGAGUAUGAUAACCUGUAUGCCUGUGCGCAUAUGUAUGCGAGUGAUCGCAACUCUCUGCUGCUGAUUCCGCGGGCCCUGGGGCAUGGGAGUUUUGUGGCGAUGGCGAGCUUGACGCUCAUGGUUGUGUUUCAUGAGCAUGGGGAUGCGCUGCGGAUGGUGGAUUGGGAGGCGGCGGAGGGCCAGGGGGAGGGGGAGGUGUCGAAGAAGUGGUUUGUACAGGAGGGCUGGACGCCGCGGUCUGGUGAGAAUCGCGCAAUCCAUGAGAGUUGGCUGUGGAGUCCGGAUGGGACGUUGCUGGCGACGAGCUAUCAGGACACACAGAAUAGGAGAAAAAGAACUAGACUCACUUCUCCACAAAAAUCAACUCCUUCGAAUCGCUGGGCUGCACGGCAAACUUCUCUACCUUCAGACUCUUUCAUUUGUUUAACUAAUGUCCCACAACACAGAAUCAAUAGCUCCGGGAAUACGACAUGCACUAAGAUACUGGUUCCCCUCACGGAGGCAGACAUUCCUGGAGCGAUCGAGGUCAUCCAGCAAGCAUUUGCCGAAGACCCAUAUUUCGAGUGGGUUUUUGAUUCCCCCAACUUCAAUAAACAAAGAAACCAUGACUCUCUAGCUGUUCGCUGCCUGUGGGGCAUCAACAAUGCCCUGUUUUAUGUCGCGAAGGAGACAAAUGACGGCGCGAAGGGAGAGGCAGUGGAUCGCACGGAUCAGAAUAGUGCGAACACAGGUUCCUCGCGUAUUGUGGGUGUCUCGUGCUGGCUGCCGCCCCGUGCAUCUACCGAGCCGGAAAGCUGGUACAGCUGGUACCAAGGGUGGGUGCUCUCGUUCCGCCAGCUCAUGAAUAAUUUGUCCCACUGGGGCCGGGGUGGUCUAAUCUCGCGGCGAUAUUGGAUCUGGAAGGAAAGGCAGGCGGAGGCCCAGGGCGCGAUCUGGGACGAUCCCAAGGGAUAUUAUUUCUGCAACAUCGUGGCCGUCAAGCCCGAUGCCCAGGGCGGCGGAAUCGGAAGGAAGUUGUUUGAGAUAGUCACCGACCAGGCUGAUCGCGAGGGCGUGAAAUCGUACUUGGAAAGUUCGCGGAACGAGCCUAACGUGCAGAUUUAUGAGAAGAUGGGAUUCGAAAUGAAGCGGGAGAUGGAAUGCCGAGAUGGGGACGAUGCUUGCAUGCUGUAUUGUAUGGUCCGCGAGCCCCGGCCGCAGAAGCAAUAA